AUGUAUUACGGGAAAGCCUGGUCUGCGUUGGAUAAUGGCCACGCCGACCCGCAAACGGCAAAAACCAGAAAAGACAACCAAGACAGUCUGGCGCGACGGGUUCAAGAAAUUAGAGACUAUGGAGCGCGAGGAUUUGAUGUCCUCCCUGAACCUCAGUCCGAGGAAGAUGGCGGCCUCCAUGCGGAAUACCUUAAAGCGUUCCAAGCUAAUGCCGUGGCGCAGCGGCGGUGUGCAGAGGCCAUGCAGCGGAUCCAAGAAGUCAAGGCCGACGCCGAUGGGAACGCGACCGCUAGAAAUGCAGCGAGUGGUCGUGCGAGUUCUACGAGUGUGCUACAGAGACAUCUUAAAUUGCUCCGAUUGCAGAAGCAGCAUGGUGAACUGGUGUGUUUGAGGGAUGAAAUUGAGGCGCUGAAGUUGGCUCGCGGGUUGUCGAGUCUUCGGAUUGCGGUCGAUGCUGAUGCUGAUACUGAUGUGCCGGGUGUUGUUGCUUCCCAGCCUGUGGGCGAUGACACCGGUGGGACAAUCCCGAGGCUUGAGGGUCUGGUCGAGAAUUUGAUGAAAGGAAUGGAGAUCGCUGUGGUUCAAGCUCAACGUGAAGCUGGUCGGCAAGCGACGGCGUUGGAUGGCCUGAAGGCACAAUCGAGGCCUUUCUCUACGCAUACGGCGCAGCAACAGGUCUCUGCGCUGUCGUCAACGCGGAGCGAGUUGACUGCUUGGUUGGAGGAGAGCUUGGAGAAAUGUCAAGACGAUAUCGAUGGCGACCCGCGGUGUGUGGAGCACGCGAGUGGUCAGCGAGUCGCGUUUGAUGAGGUUGAAAUGGAGCAGAAGACGGAUGAAGAGUAUGAGCGGUACCUCGAAGCACGCAAGAGGUUGCUUUUGGCCGUGUCAGCACUCAAGACUGAAGUCUCAGGGGCCGGCUUACAGGCUGAAGGUCACGAGUCCGAGGCUGGGGCAAGGGAUAUGGAUACUAAUACGCGACCACCGAGGUUGGCAGAGACUCAUAUGGUUGGCUCUAUCGAGAAGAGGCUUUUGCCAGCUAUGCAGCAGCACAAUAUCACUCAGCAUCAUUUAGGGCUUGCUGAGGAGCAGCUGAGAACCGAGACUGAAAGUAUUGUCAAAGUGAUUGAGCGCCUUAGCGACGAAAGUCAGCUCCUCCAAGCCUACCCUAUGCUCGCUCACUCGGGACGAUUUCAACAUGCGAGCUCGGUCCUUGGCAGCAAGCCACGGGAUGAAAACGUGGAGCAGGAUAGAAUCGCGCAACUCAUUGAACCAUGGCUCUUUUCAGCAGAGGCGGCAGAUGUUGCAGCAGCAUCGGGAAUCGAGAAGCACCUGAAGCAAGGGAAAGAAGCCAUCGGAUCGGUUGCAAGAAGGAUGACUGAAUUGGGGCUUUUGAUAGAAGCUAGUCAUGAAAAUUCGACUUUUGAUCAGUAA